AUGUUUCCAUUUCUAGCGCCAAUCAGAACUGCCAACCAUGUGUGAGUAUACUUGAAACUGUGCACUUUUGGGCCUACCGUACCUUUUCCGCUUUUCAGAGUGCAACAAGGAACACAGCAUUUCGUCGAGAUCACAUUCCUCGCGGAUUCGCCGUACGCCAGCCGCGCCGCUUCCGCGUCUUCGAUUGUCCACGUGGCAGAUGUCCCACCGAAAGUGCCAUCGCUCCGGAAUUUGGACGAAUCGGAGACGGAGACGGCGUCGAACAAAAGUAGGAGUAGUGAAGGUAGUUAGAAUCUCGUAGAAUUGUUAAAAGUUAAACGUUUUUCUCAAAAUUCAGGACUGAACAAGUUGGAAAGUCGUCCAAACAGUCGGGUAAAAAAGACGAGUGUGUCCUCGCUGCCCACGUCGGCCCGAUCCGAAGGAAAAUCCUCUCCGGUGCCCGUGAAAGAUGCGGUCGUUCCGGCGCCGUCGCGUCACAAAAACAAGGGCCUCGAAAUGUCGUCGGCCAUGAUGGUAGAGUAGAAAAAGGCGCGUGGCUCGAGUAUUCUGGAAAUUUUUUUUAAGGAAAUUUUUGGAGGGACAUCUCCAGCUCCAUUGAGAAAACGGUCCGAAGGCCAACAACCAGUUUCCAGUUCUGUUGGAAACCACGUGGAUUCCAUCUGCUCAAGUGUAGAGAAUCAUGAUGUGGUGAGUUAUUUUCAGAGAUGGGCGCCGAUUGGCGUCGCGACGACAACUUUCGAGUAAAAAGUUGCAUGUCCGCAAUUUUGCGUGAGGUGCACCCGCGUUAAAUGUUCACACUUGAUUGCGUACAGCAACUUUUGCCUUGAAAAUUUCGAAUGAAAAGUUGCUUUCGACCACACCGCGCCCAUCUCUGGUUAUUUUCGAUGUCUAACCGAGUACCCAAUUCCCUUUCAGGCCUACGACCGGGCAAUCAAUCGAGCGCGAGGUCGCCAGAACUUCUCGCAACCCGGUCCCGAAUGGUUUGAGGGUUUUGAACGGAUGGACGUGUCGGAACUAGGUACCCAUUCCAACAAAAAUGCUGCCCAUCCAAACAUUUUCAGACCUGCCACCCGAUCCGAAUUGCCCGGCGGAGAAGGCGCUUCGAGCCGCCGCCGCCGCCACUGAACGCACGCCGGAUUUCGAUUCGGAUUGGCAAGACGCCAAAGAAGACGUGCUAAGCGGCGGUGGCCUAACUUCCCAAACAAGGCCACCACACUCGAAAUCGUUCGCCGAUUCGCUUCCCGGACCGGAUAUCGGCGCCGGCGUCGAAGAAGAUGAAGAAGAAGAGGAAGAGCAGCUCCAAGAGGUUCGUCUAUUAUUUAUAAUGUGUGCACUUGUGCAAGUACCAUCAAUUUUUGAUUCUGGUAUGUCACACAUUGUGUUUGACAACUUUUCUCUGUGUGAGACACGUGGCAUAGAGAGUGAGAAAAGUUUGUACAGCUGGCCUAGAAAAACAAACAAAAAUGGAAAAACUCGGCCAAAAAGCCGUCUGGCUGAUGGCCUAUUGUUUCUGUUUGAAGCCCAUACAACCAGAAUGGCCUCACUCUUUCACUUGGUGGCCUAGAAAUCUUGCAAACUCUAAUGGGGUUAUUCAGGCUGUGAAAAAAAUGAUUUUUUUCCGUUUUUUUACGUCAAAAAACCCAAUUCAGCGGUGUAAAAAAACAAAAAAAAACGGAAAACAAACAUACGCUGAAUAGCCCCAUAAUGGACUAAUUCAGCAGAAAAAACUGUACCACAAUGAACACGAUUUACGAGCUGAAAAAACCUUCUUUUUGAGUUCAAGAUGCAGUCUACCCAUGUGGCCUAGCUUUUCCUCUUCCUUUUCCACCCCCACAACCUCAUUAUCCAACCCAUCCCAUCGCUAAUGUUCCCUCCAAUGCAGCAAGCCGAGUACGAAUCGAAAGUGGCUGGUGACGAAGCAGAAGACGACGAGACGAGCUCUUCUUCUUCCUCCAAAAAGGGCCAUCCUUCCGGCGACGAGGCUCGACGAGACAGCGCUGCAAACGGAGAGACGGCAGACGGGCGGCGAGAGAGUGCUGCAAGCGAGGAGGGCGCAGACGGGCAGAGAGAGCCGGCCGACGGACGGGAGGGCACCGAAUCGAAGAGCGGCGGAGAAAGCGGAGGAGAAGGCGGACAAAUGGCCGUUCUGCUCGUCAAAAACGCUCAAAUCAUCAACGACGACGCGAUUUUUGUGGCCGACGUGCUCAUCGACGACGGUGUGAUUAUGUGAGUUUCGGUUUUUGUUUUGCAAAAAAAAGCGUAGUUGUAUUAGAAUUUCGUAACCCUAUUAAGAGAAAAAAAGUUGAGCCGACAAGAAAUUUCCGUAUCUCGUAUUUCGUAAUCGGCCUCUCUUCCAUUCGAGUGGACGCAAUUUCGAAACGAAACGCGAUCUCUCCUCGCAAAUUGUGCACUUUUCCGGGAAAGGCCACUUCCUUUUUCUAAAAUGGGUCAAACAUAAACGGAACAUGAGCAGACGUCCCCCUGACUAACGCGUUCUGAUUGAUGGUCGCCCGCGCGCACGCUCGAUCCUCUCUUACAUUUAGCGCGGAAGCCUAAUACACGUCCCACUUAGACAGGUGGAAGCCAGGCGGGUUUGAGAAAUUAGACCUACUUAUGCCGGGCCAUUAGUAAGAGGAUAAUAGGGGUUUUAACCGUAUUAGAAGGACAACCUUUUAAAAGGACACUUUGCAACCGGAGCUGUCUGGAAACUUGAAACUUGAAGUGCUUAGAGAGACGUUGAAUGGUUGCAAUAAUUCGAGUAUUUAAAAACCAGACCAAAAACCAUGGCUUACUAUAAUGGUUCAAGUAGAUAAGUAACUAGAGACUAGUUGGAACUUGAAGUAGGAGACGUCCAGUUGUGAGAUAUCUGAAAACCAAUUCAACAUUCAAAGUAGACUAGAAUUAUUCAGAAUCCCUAGCAACCCGCUCAUUUCCAGAAAUGUCGCUCCGAACCUCGAUGCUCCGGAAGGUGCCGAAGUCAUCGACGCCUCGGGCAAGAUGGUGCUACCCGCAGGAAUCGACGUCUACACUCAGGCGUCCGAGUCGCCCGUCGACGACCUGACGACAGGGUGCAAAGCGGCGAUCGCCGGCGGAACCGCCACGAUCAUCGAGGUGGUGCGGCCACGUGGUUCCGAAUCCCUGCUGGCGGCCGUGAAACGAGUGAAGAGCCAACUGGAGAAGGCGCAGUGCCACGUGUCACUCUCGCCAGCCAUCGGAACGUUCAACGAGGCGAUUCGAUCGGAAAUGAGUCAACUCGUCGCCGCGGAGGGCAUCAACAGUUUCGUGGUUGAUGGCGUGCAGCAGUCGGACGAUAAACUGUUCGAACUUUUGGAGCAUGCGAGCAAACUUGGCGCCCAUGUUCGCAUCAUUCCCGAGAACAAAUCGAUCAUUUCAAUUCUGGAGAAGAAGAUGCUCAAAUUGGGCGUCACCGGACCCGAAGGCUUCCCGCAAUCCCACCCGGAAACCCUCGAAGCGGACCAAGUGAACAGUGUGUGUGUGCUCGGAAACCUCGCCAACUGCCCUGUCUCCAUUGUCUCGGUCUCUUCUGCCGAAGCUCUGAGCUCCAUCGAAAAAGCGAGAAGCUCGGGAGCCCUAGCCCAUGCGGAGAUCGCUUCGGCGGCGGUGGCAGCCGAUGGAUCAGCAUACCUGAGUACGGAUCUCAAGGUCGCCGCCGCCCAUCUUACAAACAUUCCGUUGCGCAAAGCCGCCUCGGACCGUCUCAUCUCUGCCCUCUCCACCCAACCACUCGUCGUCUGCACUUCCGGCCACAAGCCAGUCAGCACGGCCUCGCGUGCUUCCAAAGACUUUGCGACGGCCGUGAAAGGAAGUGCGGGCGCCGAGGAACGGAUGGCGGUGGUGUGGGAGAAGGCGGUACGCAGCGGACGGAUCGACCCGAUGCGCUUCGUCGCGGUCACCUCGUCGAACGCGGCGAAAGUGUUCAACUUGUACCCGAAAAAGGGACGAAUCGCCGUGGGCGCCGACGCGGAUCUCGUCAUUUGGGACGGAAGCGCAAAACGCGUUUUGGAGGCGAAAACGGCGCAGAGCCAGCAGGACAGCACGCUCUACGAUGGGCUCACCGUUCAUUCGACGGUAAGCUAUCGCGCUCUACGGCACAGUUUUCUAAUUUUUCGGCAGUUUUAGGUGUUCGCCACAAUUGUCGCCGGAAAAGUGGCAUUCAAAAACGGUCAAAUCGCCGAGUCGACGGGCGGUUUCCUGCCGCUCACCCCCAACAGCCCCUAUCUCUUCAGCAUGGUCGGCCAACGCGACAAGGUGAGUGUAAUGCAUAUGUCCUCCCGAAAGUCGGGUAAAUGUGGCCGCGUGGCGCAAUGGAUAACGCGUCUGCCUACGGAGCAGAAGAUUGUAGGUUCGAAUCCUGCCGUGGUCGAAACUUUUUUUUCCAAAAAAAAACAGUUUUUUUUGCAGUUCUCGAGUGUGGAGAAGGUGGAACGAGAUUCGGCGGCGCCAAAAGCUCAUAAUGGACACACCCAACCGGAAAAGUCGGACGAAUUCGAUCGAAAUCGGAAGAAAGUGAUGGAAUCGUCGAUCGAUUUUGGCGGAGCGUCUGGAAAUCGGGGACGGAACCCGCCGGGAGGACGGUCCACCGGAUUCUGGUAG